AUGACCUCUCAGCGCGACCGUGCCGCCCGGCAAAAGCUGAUACAAGGCCUCUCUCCCAGUUUGGGGACCUCGGCGCAGAUGUGGAGACGAGACCAGCCGCGGAAUGAUGCUCAAGACGAGGCCCGCUUGAUGGGGGCAAAGAGCUACAGGGAUCCCGGGGCGACCACGAUUAAACCUGGUGCUUCGUUCCAGAAGAACCGAAAGCCCGGGGCCGGCAGCGCAUUCAGACCGGCAGACACGCUCUCCAAACACUCGAAAGAAAGCGGAUCGGUCCGCGCGCAGGGAAAGGAAAGGCAACCGAAUUCCAGACGGCCUUUCUUGGAACAUGCUUGGGAGUACGACGAAUCGGACCGACCUAAUAAGCGGCGCCGUCAUGACCAGUCCAGCCCGACUAUCAAUCUUACCGACGAUGUGACCGAACCCGUCUCGUCCAUGAUGGAGAUGUUGCCGCCAGCAAACCAGCUUUCCCCGCGGUUACCACCAGUCAGACAGAAGUAUAAGUCUCGCGAGAGGCAACAACUCCCCGAAUAUCGCAACCUCGAAGAUAUAGUCAAGGUCAACCGGGUCGAUCGGAGUCCUCACAGUCAAGGAAACCGUCGCUUUUCUUCCGUGAGUUCCCUAGAGGAGGGGCAAUUUACCGAGAACGCUGCACAACAAAGGCGGUUCAUGGCAGCCAACGCGCGAUCAGAUCGAUCUCAACGGCAAACGGUUCUCCAGAGUGUUGAGAUUCGCAAUCCAGUGAAUCUCAGGUCCCUAACGUCUCCCCCUCGCCGACAGCUCAUCAAGUCGGAAGGAAUGCGUCGCAUCUCUGACUUCAAUCGAGAGAGCUCUGAUGAGUUGCAGGGGGGAGCUACCACUCACCCAAUUCCGAAGUCUCUGGAUGCAAGCCCCAACCUCACUCGUCGGAAGACCGAGAGCCAGACGCAAUUGGAGUCCCCGGUUCGUGAGCGUUCACCCACUGAUAUCAAGAAUACCAAUUUUGCAGCCUCGCCCCGCCAAGGCCCGAAGAAGAUGAAUAACAAGAAAAAGAAACGGGACUUGUGGCUAUUGGACAUUAAUUCGAUUCGGUUUGGUUCCAUUAAGAAGGUCACGACUGAGGGAGAGCGGAUGACUAUUCGUCUGGAUGUGGAUAAGGAGAAGCUCGAGCUUGGCGAGAACAUCGUGGAACCCGGCAAAACCGUGUCUAUUCCCCUUGGGCAAAUCAGAAAGGCAUUGCAAGGACGUGAGCUCAGUUGCAAAGUCAGGAUAGAACUCUCGCAGGCAGCCAGUUCGCCCGGGGACAAGGUGGACGUGGAGUUCACAAACUCCGCUGACAAGUUACGCCUUUGCAAUACGCUGCAAAACUUUCAGGUCAAAAUACAAGAUAAAGACGGAUCCUUCAUGGAUAAAGCUUUCGCAACCUACGAACGGAACUUGGAGCUUCAUGGCAGCCACACCAAAAAGCCAUUGGUCGAGGAUGUUGUUCCUUCAGAGCCAGAAAUAUCGUCUGCCAAUCCUUCCACUCGCACAAAAGUCUCCUCCGCUUUGCAGGAUGUGAAUGGUGAGACUAGUUGGGGAAAGCCAGAUCAUGCCAAAGAGGGUGGUCAAGAGUCCUUGAAAUCUAAGUCCGGGCAUUCACCUGAUGAGCAGAUACGACCUCGAUCCUCCAAAGCAGAUGGUGAUGCCGGGGUUGAGAUUCCGGUGAAAAGGUUCCAGGCUGCUCAGCCUUCAGGCCGCGAGACACGAGCAUCGGCGCGCCUAACGCCAAAAGCCUCAGCAGCCUCCGAAGAGCGCGAUGCCAAUAUACGACGAUCGCCAUCAACGGAUGAUGAAGCCCGAAAGAAGUGGCAGACACCCCUGGUCUAUCCCAAGGCGGGAAAGAAAAAGGCCGAAGUCUGCGUGGAAGACCGCGAUCGACUACGCGAAGGCGAGUUUCUGAACGAUAAUCUGAUCGGCUUCUAUAUACGCUUUCUUCAAGACCAUGUGGAGCGAACCAACAAGGCCGCCGCCGAGAAGAUCUAUUUCUUCAACUCGUACUUCUACGCCACCAUCACCAACACACCCCGCGGUGUGCGUGAGAUCAAUUACAGUGGCGUGGAGAAGUGGACUCGCAGUGUUGAUCUGUUCGCUUACGAUUAUAUUGUCGUGCCUAUCAACGAGAAUGCGCAUUGGUAUGUUGCUAUCAUCUGCAACUUGCCUAGCUUGUCACUCCCGUUGGGGAGGACUAUUGAGCCCGACCGCGCCGGGGCAGAUGCCAAGGAGGCUUCGACUCGGCCGGCCAGUGAGGUUCAGACGAUUCCAGAGACGCCCGAGCCCGAGCCGGUACCUGAUUCUUCCGAAGCUGCGGAAGGAGCUGCACCAGAGAAGUCCGCGGAGUCUUCGAAAGAACAGGAGACGUGCCAAUCUCUAGCGUCAAUGACUCUCGACGGAGCCAAUGCAGCAACCAACGAGGAGAAACAGGAAGACGGUGGUCCAACAGAGGAGUGGCCCGAGGAGGAAGAAAAUGUGAAGUCUCCUCCGGCAAAGUUUGGCCGUGUCAGUGAUAAGACCGAGAGCCCCGAAACCCCCGUCGAGAGCGUCACCGCGUCCCAGCCAUCUCGCAAAUCCAAGAAAACACGAACCGGACCGAACUUGGACCCCCGCCAGACGACAAUCAUCACCUUCGACUCCCUCGAUCUGGCCCGAUCACCUACCGUCAAGGUGCUCCGGGACUACAUCUGCAAAGAAGCGGAGUCCAAGAAAGGGGUCAAGCUAGACGCAGCACAAAUCAAGGGCAUGCGAGCUCGACAGAUUCCCCUGCAGCCGAAUUACUCUGAUUGCGGUUUGUACCUGCUGGCAUACGUUGAGAAAUUCGUGCAGGACCCGGAUCCCUUCAUCACGAAGAUCCUUCGACGAGAUAUGGAUGCGAAGGCUGACUGGCCUCCGUUGGGAUCCGGUCUUCUGCGCCACCGGCUUCGCAAGUUUCUUGAUAAGCUGUAUGAGGAGCAGACACGGGAUAAGGUGGAUGGUCAACAGAUUAUGGCAAAUCAGCAACCUGUUUCGUUUCUGCUAGGCCCGCCAUUACCGAGUGAGCCUGAGAAAGAUGUUGCUGAUUCGACUCGGACACAGGAUGAUGGUGCGAACGAGGACGCUCCUGAUGUUGAAAGUUCCACACCCGAUCAGGUUGAGUUGGUGCCUACUGGCUCCUCGGAUGGAAUCGCACAUCGCCAGGAAUUGCCAGGCGAACCAUCGCGCAAGAAACCAGGGAACCUCGAGACCGAGAAGGAUAAAGAGGUGAUCGAGGUUCCAGACAGCCAGGAGACAGCACAGACGAAGCUAAGCCACAGGAAGAAACUUGCCCGCCAGGAAAAGGAGAAAGAGAGCGGCGAUCCCACCACUAGGAAGCGCAAGAAGGGCACGGAUAAGGAGGGAGUCCGGGCCCAAGCAGAGAUACGGGGCACACCGCCGCCAACGGAAGAAGCUGGACGAGUACGACGGAGUCCGCGGGGCAUAUCGCGGCGGGAUUGCUCUUGA